UCAGCUACGUACCAAAACCAAACUCCCAAAUCCUUUGCGUUCGCUACUUAUAAUAUAUCUUGUCGUUAUUGAAUUAUGUGAAAAUUAGGGUUUGAGAGAGGGGUGUGUUUUGGUCAAAGAAGAAGGGCACCGGCCUCAAUCAUACAGCGAUUGGGCUAGCUGGGUCCGCACAAAUCUUGAACAAGAUCUCCAAUAACAAGUUUUACAGAGAGUGUGUGGUCAGCAUGAUGAACUUUGUUGAAGAAGAACAAAAGGAGAAUUACUUUGAUAAAGAUGAAGGAGAAGGGGAGGAGAAACCCUUUAUUUCUUUCUCUUCCACCUCCUCAUCUUCUGCUGCCAAUUCUCCCAAUUACAGCCAAAACCUAUCCCUCUUUGGGGCAUUUGAGCAGUCACAACAAGCACACAAAAAUCAAGAUCACACCCCACCUGUCAAUUUGGACAGCAAUAAUAAUCUAGACCUUAUGGAAUUAUCACUAGGAGGUACUAGUAGUGGAAGAUCAUCCGGAGCCGGAGGAGGAGGAGGAGGAGGGGAUAUUGAGAAAGAACACAUGUUCGACAAAGUAGUGACUCCAAGCGAUGUGGGGAAGCUGAACCGGCUAGUGAUACCAAAACAACACGCGGAGAAGUACUUCCCGCUCAAUUCCUCAUCGACCGAGAAAGGACUACUCUUAAACUUCGAAGAUCGGACUGGAAAGGCGUGGCGAUUCAGGUACUCUUAUUGGAACAGCAGUCAGAGCUAUGUCAUAACCAAAGGAUGGAGCAGGUUUGUGAAGGAGAAGAAGCUUGAUGCUGGAGAUGUUGUGUCGUUUCAACGCGGUGUUGGCGAGUUAGGCCGGGAUCGGUUGUUCAUAGACUGGAGGAGAAGGCCUAAUCCGCUCGAAUCAACACCAGUUCAGUUUCAGUUCCAGUUUCCACAGGAGGUGCAGUGGGGGAGGCUCUACUCCAUGCCGCCACCGCGAUUGGGGUCAAUUUCACAACAAUUCGAGAAUUUUCCAAACUCCAUGAAUUAUAAUUUGUAUCCUUAUCAUUACAAUCUUCAACAACAGCAGCAGCGACAACAACAACGACAACAUGAACCAAUUGUUGGUUACGGACAUGGAGUUUUCCAACAGCAUUAUUUAAGGUCAUCAUUAUCAUCAUCAUCAGUUGUGCAAGAAGGUGGGAAUUUGCAACCGAUGGUGAUCAAUUCAGUGCCAGUUGUUCAUGGUACUAAAACCGCGGCGCCGCUAAAACGGCUGAGGUUGUUUGGUGUGAACAUGGAGUGUGGUGGUAGUAGUAGUACUGCACAAGAUGAAGUAAUCUCUCCUUCUCCUCAUUUAGCCUCGGCCGGUUCUUCUUCUUCUCAUCCUUCCCAGUUGAGGUUACCAGGGAAUUCGCCGGUUUCAACAAUACCGCAAAUUGAGUUAUCAAACAUAGGGAAGUCUUCUUCGUCACCCAAUUUUGAUUAUAAGCACUAAGUUGAAGGGGUGGAAGACAUGGAAGGAAGAUAAGUCUUGCUUUGUUGUUUUCUUUAAUUUUGGGUUUAGAUUUCAUGGCAUUGCAGAAUUAAUUGCCAGAUGGGGUCAAUUAGAGAGUGUAACUACAUGGAAUUGAAAAAUCUUUUCAAUUGUGUAUAACACAUUAUAUAUUGAAAAUUAUAUAAGCAUACAUGUGUGUGUAUAUAUAUAUAUAUAUAUAUCGUGUUUUCCUUUAAUAGGUCGACGUAGGGGUUCUCUCCAACUGUAUUUUGGGGUUAUUAGCAUUGCUGUUCCCCUCUGCACAUGCAGUUAUUGAUGAUCACUGUGUGGUACGUACUCUUAUCUCUUUGUGUUUCUUGUCUAUAGUGUCAGUAAUUGUAUGGUACAAAGCAAGCCAAUCGAUGGCUGGUGCAGGUUCAUCAGUUUAAUUUGUUUAUAUUCUCUUUUUGCUUCAAUUUGCCUUGUUUGGUUAAUGUUCUUGCUGCCGCCUAGUUAAGCAGGAUUGCAGGGGGGGGUGUGAAGCGCCGAGCGCGCAGAAAGUUGGAGCAGUACUAGCUAGCUAUAUGCUAAUACUGUAGAAGGUCUUUAAUUACAGCUUGUGAGCAGCUAUCCUUUGUUGUCUCGAUUACUGCACACACUCAGCAAGUGCUUCUAUUUAACAAUUUUUCUCAAAUAAGGUAUAUAUAUGCUUCUUUUCUGGAUUGGAACUGCUCAAAUUAAUGCUUUCUUCAGUUAAGAUAUAUAUGCUG